AUGAAUUUUGCACAAGAACUCUGCGUCAUUGACGAGACAUUCCACACAGUCUGUGGCCACGUCAUCACUAGAAUCAAGCAUGAAGAUGAUCGUUGCCUAUACUUCAAUCAUAAUCCUUACCUCGAGGGUCAAUAUAUUCAGUGUUUGUGUAGAGCCUAUCAUAUCAGUCAAGCCACAAUCCUCGACUCAUCCUGUAAGUUCUGCUUGAAUCCCGAUACUGAUGCUAUUGAAAACGAAUGGAGAUCUGACGAGGAAGAAAUCACACCAGCCGAGAUCCAAUCUCGUCGGGAGUUUUGUGCACGAUACACCGAGGAGCAAAGAACACAUUUUGCAAGACAGGCAAUUUUCGAGUUCGACGCCGAAACAGCUGCGGAAGGCUACGAAGUAGGGUUGCAGCUUCAUGAGGAGGGUUCAGAUGAACUGACAGAAGAGAUCCUCGACAGAUUGGGGUUGAACAUCAUCAGAUUUGACAGAACCCGAAACUGGUACCUCGCACAACAAAACUACUACUUUGGACAGGUCAGAAACGGCAUCCCUGAGGCUGAGCUUGCAAGUGUGUACGAAGAAACGGAUCCCAACCCCGCGAUUCUUGCACCAGUGCUCCCAGCGGAUUUCCCAGACGACGAGAUUUGCGGCAUCUGUCGACAACCCUUGCAUCAUCCGGAAGCCGGUGGGCUCACAGGUCUUCGUCGGGUCUUCUGCGGCUUUCAUAUUUUUCAUCACGAUUGCAUUCUUCCCUGGUUCCGCGAAGGAGCUGCGGAUACAAUCUCAUGCCCUACUUGCAGGGCCUCAAGAACCGUCAUCGUCCCGCCCGACUUUUCUGACAUAGUUCCUCUCCAAUAG